UCUCAGUGUGUUUCCUGUUUCUGUGAAGACUCAAACACAUACACACACACAGACUGGUAGUCUCACAGGCUUCCUUUAAUGCUUUUUUUUGACUCAGCUUUGUUAGGAAAUCUUCAGAUGACUUAAAGUCCGAGAGUUUCCUGUUACUUUUUAAUGCAGUGAUGUUUUCAUCUGGGGACAUAUUUUCGUGAUCUGUUGUCUGUGCAACUAACACGUGUCUAGUUUCCACACAGUCUAAUCUGCCAACAUGGACGAGAUUAUCCUCCUGAUACUUGCCUUCCUAUCAACUGGACUGAGUUAUGCCAAUUUGACACAACAAACCAACAGUUCAUGUCAUGCAAUUUGUCCACCUGGAUAUUAUAAAAGUGCUGGCUGUGAGGAUCCAGUAAAAGAGCACAGAUGUAGAAAAUGUGGUGAUGGGACAUUCACAGAUAAAAACAACUCUAUGAAAGACUGUGAAACUUGUAAGGGAUGUGAUUAUCUGGAGGUGACAAUAAAGCCCUGUACCUAUAAGAGUGAUGAUAUAUGUGACUGUCCAGAAAGACAUUACUAUUUAGGUGAACGUGUCUUUAAGAAUUGCAGGCCAUGCCCAGAUAAACAAUGUGAAGAGUCUGCUGAUCAACGUGACUGCAAAAGGAAGUGUCAGAGCACAACUUCAGCUAUAACUACCUUGAUGAAUCUACCUACAACUACAACUACAUCUAUGAGCGCUACAUCUAGAAGAACUAAAGCUCCAACCACUGCAAUGAAUCCAACUCCAGAUCACUCACUGAAACAAUUGUACUGGCUGUUUCUGGUGGGAGUUUCUGUUGUGACUUUUCUGGUACUUUCCUGGCUCCUUCUCCUCAACAAGAACCCACUAAGAGACCAUGCCAGUUGUCCGUUUUGGAGUGCAAAGAAAGACCUGGAGCUGCCUGUCGAGGAACCAAAAUUCAACGGUAACUUAAUAGAGCUCAAGAUUGUUGAUGUCCUGUCGAAGGCCAGACAGAUGAAUUUACCCCGCUUUGACACUUCAAUCUUCAAUCGAUCUUUACGUCUCUUUGUUGUUUGUCCUUCUCAGGCAUUAAAUAUGUCUGAGGAAACUCCCAGAAUGAUUCCAAAACAGGUGCUGGCCACACAAGAACAUCCCACACCAACCCACGACUGUCCUCUACUGCCAGCCACUGAACACAAAGCUGGCGGACAAUAUGAUCAUUCAGAGCACUGGCCCGCCAUCGUCCUGUAUGCCAUUAUCAAGGAGGUGCCCUUGCGUAGAUGGAAGGAAUUCUUGCGUUUGCUCUCGGUGGCUGACCAGCAGCUGGAGCGGGUGGAGCUGGAGGCUGGUUUGGGUCUAGGCUCCAAAGAGAGGCAGUACCAGAUGCUGAGGCUAUGGAGCCAGCGUUCCUCAGCAAGCUUGAAAGAUGUCUUCUCUGCCUUGCAUCAUAUGGAUUUAUCAGGCUGUGCACAGCUGCUGCAGGAAAGCCUGGAGAAGCUGCAUUUGAGGUGGUCGCAGCAAGUGGAAAUUACACACAACAUGGUUUGAAUGGGGCAAUGCAGGAAACCGGAAGUUGCAUCUGCAGUGUAAAAAUACCACUAUCAUUAAAUCAGAUCAUCAGUGCUUAAACCUUUGACACCUGUAGAGUAGAAAAGUCCAGUUCCUGGAGAGGACAUUACAGACUGUAUCCAAUACAUUGUUCAACCGCAGAAAACUUCAAUAAUGAUCCAUUCUUAGUGAAUAAGAUGUAUUUUACAAUCUAGCUAAGAGCUAAUAUUAGGCAUUAUGAAGACCUGUUGUGAUCAUGACAGGCUCAGCAGGAACAGGCAUUUUUUAUGUUUUCAUACUUCUUGUAAUGGCUAAAUAGCAUGCAUUAACUUAAUCCAAAUAUCUCCUUUCUUUGUGUUUUUUGGGGUUGAGAUUUAUUUGUAUCUGAAUAAACUUGCAAAAUGCACCAUGUUCAUACGAAAAUAA